CAAUGGUGGAAUUGCUCUUUUCCGACGACGAUGAUGGCGAGGUUUGUUUCAGUGUCGUCUCCUCGGUUCCAUUUCAACGUCCGUGAUUUUCUUCCUUCACCGUCAACUCUUUACCCUAGACGGUUCGAGGUCUCUGGCCGGAGAUUUCCGGUGGUUACGGUCAAGUGUUCGUCAUCUGAGCCGGAAAAUGAUGGAGAUUCUGCGCCGUCGCUGUCUUCCUCCGCAUCGUCGUCCACAAGUGAAGCAGCUACUAACAGUUCGGCAUACAACUGGUACACCGGACUCGGCGGUAUUGGGAUGUUAGACACCGCGUAUUUGACUUACCUCAAACUCACUGGCUCCGAUGCGUUUUGCCCUGUUGGUGGUGGCACUUGCGGAGAUGUCCUUAACAGCGAUUAUGCCGUCGUCUUCGGUCUUCCUCUGCCAGUGAUUGGAUUUGUUAUGUAUGGCUUAGUGACCGCUCUAAGUGCACAGCUUGGGGAAGGGAAUUUACCCUUUGGAAUCAGUAAAAGCAAUGGGCGUUUUGCGUUGUUCGCGACCACGACUACAAUGGCAUCUGCUAGUGCAUAUUUCUUGUAUAUCCUUAGCACAAAACUCUCAGGAUCAUCGUGCUUGUACUGUCUAGUGUCUGCUUUCCUAUCGUUUAGUCUGUUUUUCCUCUCUUUAAAGGAUGUGAAGUUGCAAGAGAUACAGCAAGUUGUAGGAUUGCAGAUAUGCUUGGCAAUCAUAGUAGUUGCCUCCUUGACUGCUUCCUAUAGUACUGCUCAACCAAUCCCUUCACGCUCAGGUGACAUUGAGCUGCCAUAUUAUUCAACAGAGAUCGCUACAUCAUCGAGCCCUUAUGCUAUUGCCUUAGCGAAACAUCUAAACUCCAUUGGAGCUAAAAUGUAUGGAGCAUUCUGGUGUUCUCACUGCCUAGAGCAAAAAGAGAUGUUUGGUAGAGAAGCGGCAAAACUACUGAACUACGUGGAAUGCUUCCCUGAAGGAUAUAAGAAAGGAACUAAGAUAUUCAAGGCAUGUUCAGAUGCUGGGAUCGAAGGAUUCCCGACAUGGAUGAUUAAUGGUCAGGUCUUAAGCGGAGAAGUAGAACUCGCUGAACUAGCGGAGAUGUCUGGAUUCAGCCUUGAUCAGGCAAAUGAGGCCAAUCAAGUUCAGUAA